CGCGCUCCGCCGCGUAGGUUGUGCCCGGGCCGGGCAGCAGCGGCGGCGCGGAGCGGGCGGAGCGGGAGGCCGAGCCUGCCAAGCUGGCGCCGGGAGGGGCCAUGGUGGCCCGCGCCCGCCGAGGGAACCCUCCGGACGGGGCUGCCCGGCGCGGCCUCCUGGCGCUGCUGCUCGCGGUCUCCGCCCCGCUGCAGCUGCGGGCACAGGAGCCGGGUGAUGGCUGUGGGCACAUAGUGACCUAUCAGGACAGUGGCACAAUGACAUCUAAGAAUUAUCCAGGGACUUACCCCAAUCACACUGUUUGUGAAAAGACUAUCAGAGUACCAAAGGGGAAGCGGUUGAUCCUGAAGUUGGGAGAUUUGGAUAUUGAAUCUCAGACCUGUGCUUCUGACUAUCUUCUCUUCACCAGCUCUUCCAAUCAGUAUGGUCCCUACUGUGGAGGUCUGACUGCUCCCAGAGAACUCUUGCUGAACACAAGCGAAGUUACUGUGCACUUUAAGAGUGGGUCCCACAUUUCUGGACGGGGAUUUUUGCUGACCUAUGCCAGCAGUGACCAUCCAGAUUUAAUAACAUGCUUGGAACGAGGUAGCCAUUACUUGAAGACAGAAUACAGCAAAUUUUGUCCAGCUGGUUGUAGAGACAUAGAAGGAGACAUCUCUGGGAAUGUGGCAGACGGAUAUAGAGAUACCUCAUUGUUAUGCAAAGCUGCCAUCCAUGCAGGAGUAAUUGCGGAUGAACUGGGUGGUCAAAUCAGCGUGCUUCAGCGCAAAGGGAUAAGUCGAUACGAAGGAAUCCUGGCCAAUGGGGUGCUGUCAAGGGAUGGUUCCCUGUCAGACAAGCGAUUUCUGUUUACCUCCAAUGGUUGUAGUACAUCCUUGAGUUUGGAACCUGACAAGCAAAUUAGAACUUCUUCUUCUUGGAAAUGGGUGAAUGAGAUUGAAGAGCAGAUUCAUUGGUCUCCUGGCCAGGCCCAACUUCAGGACCAAGGUCCAUCCUGGGCUUCAGCAGAAAGCAACCAGAACCCAGAGCAACAAGAGUGGCUGGAGAUCGAUUUGGGAGAGAAAAAGAAGAUAACAGGAAUUAGGACCACAGGAUCCACACAGUCAAAUUUCAACUUUUAUGUUAAGAGUUUUGUGAUAAACUUCAAAAACAACUCCAAAUGGAGGACCUACAAAGGAACAAUAAAUAAAGAAGAAAAGGUAUUUCAGGGAAACUCUAAUUUUCGGGAUCCUGUGCGGAAUAAUUUCAUCCCUCCCAUUGUAGCUAGAUAUGUGCGGGUUGUCCCCCGCAAGUGGCACCAGAGAAUAGCCAUGAAAGUGGAGCUCUUUGGUUGCCAAAUCACGCAAAGUAGGACUCAGGGAAUCAGUAUGACAACUAUUGUUAUCCUACUGGUGUCGCUCGCCCUGCUGAUUGUUGGAAUGGGGAUCUUUGCAGUCCUGAGAAAGAGGAAGAAGAAAGGAAAUCCUUAUGGAUCAGUUAAGACUCAGAAAACAGAUUGCUGGAAGCAGAUUAAAUAUCCCUUUGCCAGACAUCAGUCAGCUGAGUUUACCAUCAGCUAUGAUAAUGAGAAGGAGAUGACCCAAAAGUUAGAUCUCAUCAGGAAUGACAUGACAGAUUACCAGCAGCCCCUCAUGAUCGGCACCGGGACGGUCACCAGGAAGGGCUCCACCUUCCGGCCCAUGGACACGGAGGCGGACGCGGCGGGCAGCGGCCGGGGCCACUACGACUGCCCCCUGCCGGCCGGCCGCCACGAGUACGCGCUGCCGCUGGCGCACCCGGAGCCCGAGUACGCCACGCCCAUCGUGGAGCGGCACCUGGCCCGCGCGCACACCUUCUCGGUGCCCGGCUACCGCGUGCCCGGGCCGCGGCCGGCGCACAAGCACUCCCUGUCGGCAGGCGGGGGCUACGACCAGCCCAAAGCCGGCGGCGCCCUCCCCGCCGCCACCGCCGCCGCGCCCGCCGACCCCGACUAUCAGAAGCCCCAGCGGAGCCCCGAGCCGCCGCCGGAUGAUGCUUACUCAGCCCCCCGGGACUGCAUCAAACCCCUCAACCCGACAGCGAUGACGGCGCUCCUGUGAACACAAUGUGAACAAAACCUGCUGUGGUACUGAGCGUCAGGCUGUGCGGGGCCAGGGGGAUGCAUUGC